AUGAUUUUAUAUAAAAAAAAAUCUUCACCUGUUAAGCAACAUGAAAUUCUUGAUUAUAAGGAUAUAGACUUAUUAAGAAAAUUCAUUUCUGACCAAGGAAAAAUUUUAUCUAGACGUUCAACAGGUCUUAGUGCAAAAAAACAGAAAAAACUAACAAAAUCUAUUAAAAGAGCACGUAUUCUUUCAUUACUCCCUUUUUUUAAUAGAGAUUAG